AUGUUAGCAGGUUCAAGUGAUUCUGUAACGUCAAGGAAGGAAGAAACCUUUCCCCUUAGUGACACUGAACUCGAUUGUCUUGCUGACAUUGCCAACAAGACUGUUGAUGCUGCAGGAGUAAUCAUCCUGAAGCAUUAUUUGGCUCGGGGCAAUGUCUUCAACGUCUCCAAUGCUAAGACGAGCAUCGCGGCUGAAGCAGAGAAGGCUAUGAUCUCACUUAUCUUAAAAGACUUACCCGAUCAUGCUGUGUAUGGGAAACAAACUGGAUGGAACAAUUGCAGUGGACCAACAAUUCCCGAGUUUGUUUGGGUUUUGGAUCCGGUUAAUGGAGUAGUGGAUGGACUCUUGCCUACUUUUGGCACGUCGAUAGCUGUUGUUCACAAUGGCAAACCCGUCAUUGGAUGCAUCAAUAAUCCUGUUGCACGAUCAAAACCAUUGGGAGGAGGGGCAAGACUACUAGGAACGGAGAUCUUGCUCGCGUACAAGAUUGGAGAAACUUUUUUCAACGGCAACUGUAUUGCUUACUCUGAAUUGGCUGCUGGUAUGUUGCAAGUCGUCGUUGAUUGUGCUGUUGAGCCCCAUGGUCUUCUUGGGUUAGUUCCUAUAGUGGAAGGUGCUGGUGGAAUUAUAACUGAUUGGCAAGGAAAUCAACUUUCUUGGCAACCUUCUCCAGCAUCUUCUGUUCCACGGGAUGGUUUCAAGGUUGUUGCUUCUGCUGACUUAACAACUCACCAACAGAUUAUUUUUGAACUAUCAUAG